GCCAGGUGUUUCCAAUAUUGAACCUCUUCGUGUGGAAACGUGCACAGAUAAGAGAGCUCAGUCUGUCACAAGCCUUGCUGGUGCUCUUUCAGCGUUUGAAGUUCUGACUUGAAAGGACUGACUUCUGAGAAAUCGAGGCGCAGAGUCCCAGCCCCUCUCUUUCAGCAGGAACUCUGUGACAGAGAUUCAGAUUAGGAGCUGGACUAGUUCUCCAGUGAGUACCCCGUGCCUCGGUGGGAGCUGAGUGUGUUUGAGCUCCACAGUGCUGCUUAGGCUGUACCUCCCCUCUGAGAAGGAAAGACUUUUAAAGCUUGGUAAAUAAACACUGGAUAAACUCAAGAGAAUUUCUGGACUGCAAAGACUUCUUACGGUUCUGAGUUCUCCAGGGCUGGCAUGUUUUGACUGAACUGCUGCAAUGAUGUUGAAAGCAGUCUGACAUUUUUAGUCGAUCAAAAGGAAAACAAAUAACUGCAGCUAUGGAGAAAAAAAGACAGCUACAGAAAAGGGAAUUUGGGAAAAGACUUUCUCUGGACAGCAGUCUUGUGGAAUAUAUGGACUCCAACAAAUACAUAGAGCAUUUAGUGACUCAGCUGGAAGAACAACGCUGGAAUUUAUGGAGGGAGAAGCUGUGUGUGGCUCGGCUGCAGCGGGAGGUUGCCCAGAGUAAGAGCGAAGGAGCCAUGCGUGAGAAGCUGAUACAUGAGUUGGAGGAAGAAAGACAUUUGAGACUUGAGAGUGAGAAACGGUUACGGGAGGUGACGCUGGAGUCGGAGCGGAGCAGAGCCCAGAUGCGGGGGCUGCAGGAGCAGUUUUCCAGAAUGGAGGAGACAGUGAGAAAUCUGCUGCAGAGCCAAGGAUCCCCAGGCCAGCAUGGAGAAGGAACUGUCAAUAUCAUGAAGGUAUAUCAGGAAAAGCUGUCAGAAGACAGUAGGAGAUGUAAAGAAGGCAUGGAAAAAAUUCGCACACAGGCAGAUGAAGAUUCAAGAAGUGAAAGCAGCAGCACUGAGGAGGAAAAGGAAAAAACAAAAUUGCUCUUGGAGCGUUUGAAAGCUCUGGAGGCAGAGAAUUCAGCGCUGGCUCUGGAAAAUGAAAAUCAAAGAGAGCAGUAUGAAAGAUGUCUCGAUGAGGUGGCUAAUCAGGUUGUUCAGGCUCUACUAACUCAAAAGGGUCUGAGGGAGGAAUGUAUAAAGCUGAAAAUGAGAGUUUUUGAUCUGGAACAACAGAAUCGAACUUUAAGUGUGCUUUUCCAGCAGAAAGUCAAACCAGCUUCUGACCUCCUCCUUCAGAAGCUCCACUCACGCAUCUCGGACCUCUCAUCUGGGGAUUUGCUUUCAGAAGUGGAACGGAACCGAGGCCUGGUGCAAGCUCCAAGUGCUGAUGCUCAGAUGCUCGAAUGCCAGCAGAAUGUGAAAUCCAGCAUACCUGUCUUGAAAUGCCAGAGUCAAUUAAAUAUGACAGGCUCUAACCGCCUGUAUCCUCGGAGCAGCUGCAGCAGCAGUGAACUCUCCCUCUCAAGUGCUUGCAGUGAAUAUUCCAGUGGUUCCUCCUACACUUGGAAUGAUGGAAAGACAAGCAAAAGGUCAUCCGUGAGAUGGGAUAAAAGAAUAAGCAUUGGUUCUUCGCUCCCAAGCAACCUCUCAAGUCCUGCAGAUGAUCUACCUCCAACCCGUAUCAAGGAAAACCAUAUCUUAGAAGGGCUGAAAAAAUUGCAAGAGCAAAAAAUACUACUUGAACCACCUUCAGUAAUAUCAAAAUGGGGUUACAAAGAUUGCAUGAACUCCAACGAAGGAAUAUAUUCCCCUGGAAUUAAGUGUGGCGACCAUAACGAGCAGACUCACUGUAAGCCAAUGGAAAUGGGAAGUGUUUGCAUUGAACACAACAAAACUUUCUCUUAUGAUUCAGAUUCCCAUGAUGAUGCAGAUGAUGACUCUUCAUCCUUACUGUUGCUGCAGGAAGUUCCAAGCAAGGACUGCAGGACCUAUUGUAACAAAUUAACUCAUAGCAUUUCUGACAGUCUCUUUGACUGGGAUCCUAACAGGAAACAUUUGCCAGAAAGAAGUCCAUUUUUUAAUUCAAAGGAAAGACCUGAGAAAUUGACUAGUUUUGUCAGUGGAUUUCAGGCAGAAGUAAAAUCAUGCACCAGAGUAAAGCUGCCUGAGUUACAGUUAAAUCAAAGCCAUUCUAAUAUAGGCUGGAAGGACUUUAAUUUUCAGCUUUCAGACACUGAUGACAAUGAAGUCUUGGAUGAAUUGCAUAUAGAAAGCAGUGAUGAGAAAAGUCCCUCAGAUUUAUUAGCAACUCCCUUUCCUGAGAAGUAUACAAAGACCUCUGACUUGCUCAAAGUCACGGAGAACUCUCAGUUUGUAUCCACUGACAAAGAAGAGAACCAGAUACCUGUUCACCCAGACAUUAGGCCCAAGCCAUGUAAUUUCAUUAAACAACAAAAGGUUAUAAAGAAGACCUCUUCUGAAGAGUGCAUUAUGGUAAUAUACGAUGCUAAGGAUGGUGAGCCAAUUGAAUUCAGCUCACAUCAAACUGGAGUUGUCACUGUAACAAGAAAUGAGAUUUCAAUCAACCAGCCACAAACUACGUCCAGUGCAGAAUACACUGAACUUAUACCUCAGGGAAGAACUGAUAUGCAGCCAGGACCCAUUGCUAGAAGCUACACUGCUUCAGAAAGACAGGAAGAUGAAACUGGGAAAAAUACUCUUGAAGAUAAUGCAGGGAAUAAAAAUACAGCUGUCCCCCUGACCUGUGGCGAAUCUUCACGCUGUGGAAGGGUGACACAGCAAAAUACUUCACGACAGAAACUAGUGAAGCCAGUGUAUGAUGCAUCAUACAAGGCCAAUUCAAGCUCCACUGUGCAUGCAGGAAUCAAUCAAAAGCCAAAUGUCACUAAAAUACCCAGCAGAGGUAAAUUUUCUCCCCAAAAAACUCUGAUGACUGAGAGUGGGGAGGCACCUGUAGCUCUGUCAGUGGGCCCCACAGCCCUUGAGAAAUCACCUGCUCUGCCACCUGUAAAGCUUUCAAGAUUCAAAAAGGCUCAAAGCCCUCCCCGUCAUUUUGAUUCAAAAGUCGAAUUUCAGGUUCCAAAGCCCCCUGCCCAUGCCCUGCCUGACUUGAAACGUCCUGGCAGAGGAGAUGGGGCAAAGUAUCCAAAGAGUCAGACUCCAGCAUCACCACUGUUGCCUCAGCACCUUAUAGAGCCCAGUAGCUAUGGGGAAGCUCCAACCAGAGACUUCCAUUGUGAUUUAGCUACUGUAGAAGCCCGGUCUCCAUCCCCACCCCUUCCUCCAGGCAGGUCAACAUCCCUGUUGAUUCGGCCUAAUUAUGCUAAUUCUCCACCUCUAGCAGUAAAGUUAGGAGGAGCUGGUCCCACUGAAACAGCAAAAAAUGUACUGAAAUCAUCUCCAUUAAAAGGGACUGUGAACUCUGGCUUUCAUAAUCAAUCUAGUCAUGAAAUGCAAGCAAAAAAUGUAUCUUCUGGGGCCAACAUUGAAUUAUCUUACCUUCAAGAAAAUGCAGAAGGAAUUAUGCAAAAUAAAUGCACAUCUCAGCAAUCCCACAGUGCAUGCCAAGGACUUUCCAAAGUUUCCACAAAGCAAGUCUGCCCAAAAAACUCUGAUCAGGUGGGUCUCCACAGGAAUCGUGAGUAUUCCAGCGCAGAUUUUCAAACAGCCAGGUCCUUUUCUCUAGGCUGUCCGUCACUGGAAACAACUCCUUCACAAGGCACCUAUUCCAGCAAAAACAAUAUUUCCAGUGACAGUGGGUUGGAUCAGCUACAAAAGAUGCCAAACAUUCUCCCCACAACUCCUCAGUGUCACACGACAAGCACAAGUGAGCCUCUGCUAUCUCAGGUAAACAAUUUCCCAUCAACGCCGUGUCCUGCCGGCGAUGCUGCGCACGCCUCUCAAAACUCUAAUGAGAGAGGAGUGAAAACCCGUCUCCCUGUAGGACUGAAAUUAUUUGUCAAAUCUCCCCAGCUUCUCCGCAAGAGCUCUACUGUUCCAGGGAAGCAGGAAAAAGACAGCAUAAAUGCAGCUUCCAAAAGUAAUGGGAGUUCCAGUAAGUACAAGCAAAGCGAGUCUGUCUGUGUAAACACCAAAAGUGCAAUGGAUGUGGAAUUAAAGGACUCCAGGUCUGAUGCUGAAGUAAAAAAUAAUUGUGCUCUGGGACUUAGUAUGGAUACAGAAUCAGCUCACCCACAUGAAAGCUGCAGCUUGGUGGUAGACAGAGGAGAUGGAUUAGAAAACAAAUUAGUUAAGAGGUCUGUUUCUUCUGGCAGCAAGUCGCACUUGAAGCCGGCUCUGGGCAUGAACGGAGCGAAAGCUCGCAGUCAGAGUUUCAGCAUCCACACAGGGGAGAAGCCAUCUGCCCCUGGGGCUGAAGGGCUCGGGAAAGUACGGACUCAGAUCAUUACAAACACUUCUGACAGAGGGAAUUCUCUAACGAGGCAGAGCUCGGCCGUGGAAGGGCUUCAGAUCAAGGCUGCUCCUGGGACAGCAGUGACACCAGAGGCUCUUUUAUGUACUAGUAAACCCACAGAAAAUUCUUGUCCUAGACAAGGCUCUCUUGGAAAUAUGAGUAGUUGCAAUAGCCAGCAUGGAAGCCCAAGCAAAUUGCCCUUCAGAUCAUCUCAAAAAGUAGACCAGUUUCAGAGCACUUCAAAAUGUGAUGGAAGCAAACCAUUUUCUCAGAAAGAGGCACGCAGUCUAUCUGUGCAGAGUGAGAAAAGCACUGAAAGCUUUAAGCAUGAAGCUCUAGGUAAAAACCGUGUUCUGUCAGCAGAAAUGGAGUUAGAAGCCUCGGCUGCUGUAUCUUCCAAACAAAUUUUGUCCUUCCAAAGCUUCGAUGGAGUAAAGUGUCCUCAUAAACUGGAGGCAACAAGGUCACGGAGACAGCAAAUGUCUUUAAAAUUAGCAGAAACCUCUGAAAAGGUUAAUGAUCUUUUGAGUUCUCCAUCUCUGCAACCUACAAUAGAGGAGAAAGUCAUGUUAUGCAUUCAAGAAAAUGUGCAAAAGGGUCAGGGACAAACCAAAUCCCCCACUGUGGAAACUAAGCAAAAGACUGGGCCUUCUAUAGCCAGUUGGUUUGGCUUCAGAAAGAGUAAGCUCCCAGCACUGAGUAGCAGGAAGACUGAUGUUCCUAAAACUAAGGUGGAAAAAAAGGAUACAAAAGUUUCAGGAUUUGGAAUGAAGCAGGCAAAAAUAGAGAGAAGAAAAGAAAAGAAGAAAACCGAGCAGCACUGUGAAAUAGAAAAUCAAAUUAACAGGAAAGCUGACAAUGGUGACAUUUUAGCCAUGGAGAGCAAAAUUGUGAAGCCUUCCCAAAACUCUCCUGGUGAAAUUGAGUGUGAACAAGUCAGAGGUUCUACCACAGCUGCCUACUCACCAAAAGACAGCUUCAUGAGAGAGCUUUUAAACAGGAGUGUGUCGAAGGGCAGCUCCCAGGGCUCCUCUCUUCAUGGCAACUCUAUCAGCUCUCAAGGAAACCACAGGAAAAACAGCAACACAAAAGCUGAUAUGGAAAUGCAGAAUCAGACCCUGGCUAAAGUAGUCACAGAAAACCUGCAAGAAGAAGAGGAGGACACCAUGACAAGGACUACAUGUCAGAGUCAUGUGAUAGAGUCUUGCUGCCAGAUGAGGACGCUGGACAGCGGGAUUGGAACCUUCCCCCUGCCUGACUCGGGGAACCGAUCGACGGGGAGACACAUUUCUAAGCAAGAGUCAUCCUUGGAAACGGGAAUCUUUGCAGCACCUGAGCAAGUUCCUCUUUCAGCUCCUUCAGUAAAAGCCAAAACUCUUGAGAGAGAAGUGCCUUCAGCAGCUAAGAGCCAGGAGUCUGUGGAAAGUGUAAUUAGUCACUCAACAUCUGAUCCGGCCAUGACUGCCAAAGGGAUACGACCUUUUCAAAGUCGCCUUCCCAAACCAGCUUCCUCAGGAAUAAUUAACCUUGCAAAGCAAAGUGAACAAGAAGCAAGUUCUGUGACCUCUGCCUCAUUAGACCACGCCGAAGAGACUGUAGAAAAUAGAGAAGUUCUUCCAGAGUGGGGCCCCAAGAAAACUACUAAACCAAAGGACACAGCUCUAAGGGUGUGCACGUACUCAGCGAGCAGCACUGACAGUGAGCCAGAGCUAGAGUACAAAACCAGUUAUUUCAGAGCUGCAGAGGAGACUCUUGUGGAGCUAACAAAGAGCAACAGACAAGCUGUGCAGGAAAAACAAAGUCAGAGAAGGUCAUUUUUGGGGAACCCAAUGUCAAUUUUGGAUUUAUACCAACACAGUCUCUAUGGCCACUUUGGAGAGGAUGGACCUGAACAAUUAGCACAUUACAGUUUAAUUGAGCAGCUGAGUGGAGCUUCCAGUAAAGACAGCAAGACCAAGGAGAGUCCAAGUAAAUUGAAGCAAACUGAAGAAACAAAAGAAGAUUCCCAGAACAGAGUCUCUAAAAUUUCCCUGGAGUCUCUCAAUAAAUUUAACAGCAAUAAUGUACUUUUAUUAGAAAAAGAGAAGAACUGUCUGAACAAGGCUGAAGGACAGAAGGAAGAAAAUGGAAAGAAAGAAGCAGCUUCCUUGACUAGUUCGGGUUGGCAGGAGGUGGACAACUUGGAAUCCCUGAGUGAUUCCCUGUAUGACAGCUUCUCCUCCUGUGCCAGCCAAGGCUCCAACGACGUCUAGGGACACUUCCCACAGGCUGCAGCACGGGAUGGAGCUGAAGGUGAGCAUGGAGUGAGGAGGGAGAGGAGACUGUGCUUGGCAACUGCCCUAGAGCUCUGUGCUCACCUCAGGGUGUUCUGAGCUCCCACCACACAGCAAUAAGGCAGGGCAGCCCCACGGUGGUGCAGGGGACUCAACACACCCAACACAACGAAUAAAGUCUUAAUUUUGCACUUUUGUGAAUAUUUGUACAGUUGUAAAUACCUUGGGAAAAUAUAUUUGUAGGGAUACACGACAGCAAUAAAUAUUAAAUUGGUGCUAUGCUCCUGUAAUGGCAGAUUACUAACUUAAAGGAGUUGGUGUGAAUAUUAACAAGAAAAGCUAGUAGAUUUUUUUAAAAAGAGUUAUAAUUGUCCUAGUCUUAAAACUGUAUGUAGAAACACUGCAUUAUCAUAAACUUGAGCCUGCCAGAUUGUCUUUAAUAAACUCUCGUGGACUCCCUUUUAGAAAACAUAUUUCAUUUUUUCUUCUUAGUGCAAUUCCAUACAGGUAUUCUAGGGAAACAUGCAUUUCAGUUAUUACAACUCCACAACAGGUGUCUUAUUUCAAAAGUGUUUUGACUUUUGACAUGGCAAGAAAAUUAAUAGAUUAAAAGGCCUGAUAUUGGCUUCAUCAAUCAUGCACAUAACUGUUUGAAAGAUCAGGGUCAAAGCAAUUCACUGCUGACACAAACAGGAGUCCUGUAGGAAAGAGAACCACAUAAACCACCCUGUACUUCUGACUGCAACGUGGCUUUUCAACUUCCACCUCCUCUGUACUGUACUCAUUUCCCAUCACAUUAAAAAUGUACCAUGCUGUGUUAUCUUUUCUAGUCUCUGUUUGGUCUUAAGUAAAUUCUGAAUGCUAAAAUUAUUUUUUAAAAGACAAAGCAACUCCUGUUUGUGACACACUAAGAUGUUGGUGCUAACCAGUACUAGUUCAAACAUAUCUUGGAGCAGGGGGAUUGGGCUGUAUUGGGUGUUUUUGUUUUUUUCUACAAAGGUUGUUUAUAUGUGAGGGAGAGUCUAUUUCAAAGGUUCUGUGUAUUUUUUCUAGAUGUGAAGUAUUUAUAACUGCUUUUUGUACAGCAAUUGUAAACUAGAUAUAUUUGGAGUAUUUCUAGACUCUACAGUUUCUUUAGCACAUGCUUGUUAAUCUUUGAAAUAUUGUAUGAUCAGUGUUACUAUUUUGUGCAAUUUGUUAUAUUUUAAUUCAUUUCUGCCGUAAACUUGCAUUGUCUUUUUCAACUUUUAAGAGAUUUCCAUUGAAACAUCUUUCGUAAAUAAAACUUCUCUUGCCUA